AACUCAGGUAUAAACACUUCUAAGAAAUGCGUUUGGUAUAUUGAUAUGAGCACGGUCAGCAUUCGAAAGUAAUCAGUAACCAAUUUUUGUUGGAGGAAGACAUAAAAAACUCCAACUCUUCCGUCUUGGUCUGAUCCAAAAUUGCAACUAGUAUGCGCCAACGAGCGCAUCCACCAGCUCGAGGAAAGGGACACGUGCACCAACGGCGAUUGACGGGGAGAGAGCCUGCAAGGAGCUGGGAGAUCACAUCCGAAAAGGCCGAUAUGCCAGAUUCAACUCUAAGUGGAAGAAGUUCCGAUGAAUUGAGAAAGUACCCUCAGCACCUGCAAUACCAAAAUGAGGCAGCGGGGCGGGACAACAACCGAUCUUCAGUCUUGACAAAGCCUGACCUCGGAACGUUCCACACACUAUUCAGGAAUGCUCAUCAUGUACCAGACAACCGCUACGAGGAAUACAUUUUGGGAUUGAGCACUCGGAGAAAACGACAAAUUUCCACGGUUACAAAGACUUGCUGCGCCCAUACGUGUGCAGGGUUUUCAGUCGUGGCUUGCCUGUUUCUCUUCUUUAUCGGCAUUUUGCUCGACACUCAGCCAUUAUUCAUCAAGGGAGUCCUUCCACAGCAAAUGAUUCAAACCGACGACAACAGCAAGCCUGCUCUUCAAUAUCUAAUUCCUCAACCCCCACACGAACGAUUGCCAUCCGCCCAAUCAGCCUACAGAGCAGCAUUCGCUUAUUUUCUUACAGUUUUCGCCUGCUUUUAUGCAGCUAAUCCCGGCUGGUUUAAAGCACAGAUGUAUCGAAGGCAAAAAUUGUAUCAAGAUAUACCGGACCAUGUUUCAUCGAGCGCUUCUACAAUUCCACAAUUUCACCAAUCCGACGAGUUGGACGAAGCCCCACUCGGUAGCCCGAAUUUUCGCCCAAGUUGGUGGAAUAGAGCCGUGCUAUGGCUAACUCAAUUACUAUAUUCUCGAGGCUGGUACACACCAGAACGUAGACGAAGGAACAACGACAAAAGACAGGCAAAAACAGUUUGA